UUGGAUCGAAGGUGUCACCUGGCUGUCAGUCGUAUUGCUGGCAAACGAAUAAAUUAUUUAUCCUAGUAUUAACACCGAAAAAUUGCUAUUAAUAAUGGUCGAUCGCGGUAAUAACUUUGUCCUCCCAGUGGGACCGUGUUCCACGGAACUCACCGAAUCGCAGACCAGCUUUGGCCCGCCCAAAAUCAAAAAAAUCCUGCCCACCAGAGCCAACCGAAUGGAGCAGUUCCUGUGGCAAGAGCUCUUUGCCGAGUACAAUCGCCAGGCAUCGGCUGCAGUGGAUGUGACCGAGGACCGUACGGAGUACUACGACCAGUUCUGCAAGGAUGUGGCGCCAAAGGACGAGGAGGCCGAGGAGGUUCUGAUCCAAAAGUACCCGCUCUACUGCACUACGGCUGUUACCCUGUGGAAUGAGGACGGGGAUCCCACCAAGACGUUCAAGAAAAAAUAUUUGAUAACCCGGCCUAUUAACGAGUGCACUGAGAAAUUCGCCCUGUAGAGUUUUGGCUUUUAUCAAGUCUUGGAAAAAUUUAUUUCCUCAAAUUGUGCUAAUUUCAUCAUCAUAAUACCCUUCAUUUUCCUUCAUUAAAAUGAAUUUAGCAAUUUAA